AUGGCUCGUCUCUCAGAUCUCGCUCGCGCUCUUGCCCUUGUUGCUCUUCCCUGUCUUUCCAUCGGUGCUGUUCUUACCGUUGACCCGAUCCCUGGCAGGCAUGAUUCACUCCCACCUACGGGAUCGAUGCCCGAGAUUGGGAUGUCUGCAAUCCAGUCGACCAUCACGUCAACAACAUUCAUCACCAUGAUCUCCGUGUCCUCGUCCUCGUCCUAUCCUCUUCCAACAGAGCAAUCCGGAUCGAUUCCACCUUAUCCCAUUCCGGUGAACGCCACGGAAAUUGGCUCUGAUCCAACAACUACGGGUGCUCCUCUGCCUCUGUGCUCUGGCCCACCUCCCACCUAUACCGUCGCUCACCUCGACACGGUAGAAAAGAUUGCAGCCAAGUUCAACAUCACUACCGACGCUUUGGAAGCUGCAAACCCUGGCCGGGUCCUCUUCUGGGACCUCAUGGAGGAAAGCAUGGAGCUGGUCAUUCCUCCAGCUGCAUGCUCCCCGUCCGGAGCUCCAGGGGAUUUUGCAACGGCCACUUCGAGACCGCCAGUGGCUUCGACCUCAAUCACGAGUCUGUACAACUCAUCCGACCAAUCGUCUUCUCAGCCUACGACAGCUGGCCCAGUCACAGCCUGGACCGUCGCUUCCGGGGACAGUGGUUCGGUGAUUGCCUCGAAGGCCAAUGUUCUAUUCAUUGCAAUCUCCUCAGCAAAUCCGUCAGUGACAUGGACUGCGCUCUCGGUUGGCCAAACUCUAGUAAUCCCACCUCCGCCCACCGUCACUUCGUCACCGCCAUUAAUUUCGAAUCCAAUGACAAGUCUGUCCAACUCAUCAGCCCAGUCGACUUCUCAACCUACCCCGACUGGCCCUGUCACAGCCUGGACUGUCGCUUCCAGGGAUAGUGGCGGAAUCAUAGCCUCGAAGGCCAACGUCCCAUUCUUUGCCAUCUCCUCGGCAAACCCGUCAGUGACAUGGACCAGCCUCUCAGUCGGACAAACCCUGGUGAUCCCACCCUCGCCCACCGCUCUGGCGCAAGUCACGGGAAGUCUAGCUGUGACGUCCUUUGACAGCAACGACGGCAAGGGCCCCCCUGAAGUCAUGUACACCGAGUACAACGGCGACGGAUCCUCCGCGCAAGGCUGGCCCGCCAUGUCCGACUGGCUGUCUUUCAACGCCCAGUGGAACAUCAUCGCGACCUCCAUCGGCCAGCGCUGCGGCGACGGUGUCCCUUUGAAUAUAGUCACCGAGACAAAUGACCUCAAGGUCGCCAUCCUGACGGUCGCCUCGGAGACGUAUAUCGACCCGCGCUUCGUCCUCGCGACGGUGAUGCAAGAGUCCAACGGCUGCGUGCGCGUCCAGACGACGUCCCUCGCCAACCCCAACCCGGGCGUCCUGCAGAGCUACAACGGCAACGGGACCUGCAAUCACAACGGCACCUUCGACACGCCGUGUCCGCCGUCGAUGAUCCAUCGGAUGAUCAUGGACGGCGUGGCUGCGCCCAUCGACGGCGUCACUAUCGUGUCGGCGCUUAAUCAGGCCGUGGCCGAGGUGGACGGUGUCGAGGCCGAACCCGCGCAGGCGUAUUAUCGGGCUGCAAGAUUCUAUAACUCUGGACCCGCCAGUCUGCCGCCGGAGACGGACGGGGAUCUGGGGAGUAAUAUCACGGCGGCGACGCGGUGUUAUGCGAGUGAUAUUGCGAAUCGGUUGCGCGGGUGGUCGAAUGGGGGUGCUGGACGGAGUCCGUGUACGUUGGACGCAAAGGACUGA